AUGAAUGGACAUCAUGCAACCCGGCUCUUGAAGCCGGGCAUCAAUGUCCCUAUGGUGGCAUUCUUUCAUCCAGACACUGAAGACGUCGAUGUCGAGGCAACUGCGAAGCACGCCGUUAGACUUGCCAAGGCUGGACUUACUUCAAUAACCACACAAGGUUCGAAUGGGGAAGCUGUACAUCUAACUAAGGACGAGCGCAUACUUGUUACCAGUACCGCCCGCCAGGCUUUGGAUGAUGCUGGAUUUGCAGAUAUGCCAAUCGUUGUUGGAUGUGCCGCACAGUCGGUAAGAGAAACAAUUGAUUUCUGCCGCGAUGCAUACAAAGCAGGAGGCGAUUACGCUCUCGUACUUCCUCCUUCGUACUACAAAUCAGCAUAUACCCAACAGUCGUUCAUCGAAUAUUUCCAAGAUGUUGCGACUGGCUCGCCCAUUCCUAUUAUCAUCUAUAACUUCCCAGGAGCGGUUGCGGGUGUCGACCUUGACUCGGAUAGCAUUAUCAAGUUGGCCAAACAUCCCAAAAUUGUGGGCUGCAAGCUUACCUGUGGCAACACAGGCAAGUUGAGUCGGAUUGCCAACGUCGUCAAUGCAGCAACAGCCACUGAAACCAACUCAGGUUGGAUGUGUAUGGGUGGUUCUGCCGACUUUACGCUCCAGACCAUGAUCGCGGGAGGAUCUGGAAUUAUCACCGGCUUAGGCAACAUUGUUCCUAAGGCCUGCGUCAAGGUCUUUGAUCUCUACGCUCAAGGCAAGGUGGAAGAAGCAAAGAAGAUCCAAGCAAUCGUUGCUCGGGGCGACUGGGCAGUUAUCAAAGGCGGUGUCACUGGCACCAAGGUUGGGCUCGAAUCGUAUUUUGGCUAUGGGGGUUAUGCCAGACGGCCAUUACCCAAGCCCACCAAGGACGAUAUCGCCCAAACCGAGGCGCUUCUGAAGGAAGUGAUAGAGCUGGAGAAGUCCCUUUAG